CACAUGAAGUGCCUCCUACCGUUCACGAGGCCGUCCCAAAAUUAAGUGAAUUCGUGUCGGUUGAGAGACGUCGUCAUGCUCCUGAGGCUGACUUCCAAAGAUGGGAUUUGAGUCUCGUGUACAAAAGGGAGCAAAGUCGGAGAUGGGAUUUUCAAACCAAAGGCAGUCUUAAGGAUUUGAGCAGCGUGACGUGGCUGCCGUUGAGCCGCCGCCUUUUAUCACCGGCCCGUCACUUUACACGCCGUUUGGCUAGACCAGACGAAGAACCACGGUCCGGAGCAAAUUUCUCGGUGUUUCCCGAAGGCGUUCUGGCUCGAAGGCAUUGACGUUGGUGGAAAAAUAAAUCUCUUUGUCCAAAUCAACUGGAGUUGCUCUAUGUUCGUCCAACUCAGGUUUGGCAUCCAUUAUGAUGGAGAGGAAGAGCAUGAAGGUCUUCUAUUCCCAAAUUAAAAAUCGAGGUUUCUGUGUUGAACUGGAUUCUGGUUGAAUCAAAGAAAAAGUUGGUUGAUGCUGUGAAAUGUUGAGGCAAUUUCUCAAUAUCCAAUGUAUGCCUAAGCAUGAUGAUCGAAAUGAUGGGACUUGGCCUAAUAAGUCUCUGCUCCAAACCAAGUCAUGUAAUUCAGUUCUGUGAGUGAUCAGAGCAGUUGAUGGGAUCUCACCACAAUAUACAUUCUUUUUGUGCUCUCCUCCAUCUGCUGCUUUCCAAGAAUAUGUUUGCCCCUGCCAACAGAGUUUUUGACAAAAUGAUUGGUUAUUGCAUUGUGAAUUCUUCUGAUUUAUCCGUUCCAAUUUGUGAAGGUCUGAGGAGGUAUGGUGCAAUUGGAAAAAUAGGAGUGGCAUGUAGCUUCUUGCUUGAUAGUUACCGCAAAUAUAGAAUGAUCGAUCAAUGCAUGAGUACGUUUCAUUAUAUGUGCAAAUCGCGCAUUAUGGUAUCACAUUCAUCAUUAUCAGCGAUGCUGGAUUUUUUGGUCGAUUUGAAUCGUGCUGAUGAAGUUAUCAGUAUUUACAAGUCUAUGUGCAAAUCAUUUGGAAGUCAGUGUCAUAGAGCUAUAUAUGAGCACGUCAUGGAUAGGUUCUUGAAGAGGGGGGACAUUGAAAAAAGUUGGAAUUUUCAUCGUGCAGUGAUUGAUGAUGGCGCUGUCCUUGAUAUCAUAGCAUGUAACAAGAUCAUGAGAGCUCUUUGCGAGAGUAGUCAAAACAAUUUAGCUCUUCAAUAUCUGAAUAUGUUACAGGUAACUGGUCCAGAGCCAUCAGUAGCGUCUUUCAGCAUUUUGAUUAAUGGUUUUUGUAAGGAGCGUAGAUUGGACAAGGCAUUUAAGGUGUGUGAGCUCAUGGCCAAGAAUGGUGUCGAUCCUGAUCUUGUAACUUAUACUAUUCUCAUUGGUGGUCUUUUAAAAGCUAAAAAGUUGGAUAAGGGUUGUGCUCUUCUCUUAGAGGCAUUGAAUAAAGGUAUUGAGUUCGAUGUAGUGACUUAUAGUUCAAUUAUGGAUGCAUUUUUGAAAACUGGAGAUUUGCAAAGGGCUGCUGUGCUGUAUAGAAGAUGUUUGAAGGUGGGGAUCAAACCAAAUAUGAUCACAUAUGGCAUUCUUAUCAAUGGAAUGUGUCUGAAUGAUCGGAUUAUGGAGGCAUGUGGGAUUUUUGGUCAUAUAUUGAAGCUUGGUUAUGUGCCUUCUCUCUUGACUUAUAGCAGUCUUCUUGGAGGCUUGUGCAAAUUUGGAUACUUAAGAGAUGGUUUCAGGUUGUAUGACGAUAUAAUGAAGAGUGGUGGAGAGCCUGAUACCGUUGUCUGUAAUGUGCUGAUAAAUGGUCUUUGCAAGCAAGGCUUGAUGAUUGAUGCUCUCAGAUUCUUUUAUCAGAGCGUUGACUAUGGGCUUAAUCCGAAUGUCUUUAUUUUCAACUCCUUGAUAAAUGGCUGGUGUAAAUUAAGAUGUAUAAGAAAUGCUUUGAAGGUGUAUAGCCAGAUGGCUUGUUAUGGCGUAAGACCUGAUAUUGUGACUCAAACCACACUCAUAAGUGCGGUUAUCGAGUUGGGAAGACUGGACUAUGCUUUGCUGCUUUUUUUCCAAUUAUUGAAGAAGGGUUUCUCCCCAGAUGUUGUAACUUAUUGCACUCUUAUUGAUGGUGCAUGCAAGCAGCAUAACUCAACUCUUGGGUUUGAAAUUUUCAAGAUGAUGCAGUGGAAUGGAGUGAUAGCAGACAUUGCAAUAUAUAAUGUUCUCAUUAACAUGUUGUUGAAGGAAGCUCGUCUAGGAGAUGCUCUACAGCUUUUUGAUCAAGUUAAAGAAAGAGGCUUAGAGCCUGAUAUUGUGACAUACAAUACUGUGAUCUGUGGGUAUUGCUCUUUGAGAAUGCUAGACGAAGCAGUUCAACUUUAUGAGAAGCUUAAUUAUGGUCAACUAAAACCGAAUACCAUAACAUUUACAAUUCUAAUUGAUGCUUAUUGCAAGGAAGGUAAGAUGGAUGGAGCAAUGUCUUUGUUCGGAAAAUGUUGGAAAAAGGUCCGGAACCUAAUCUCAUCUCUUACAGUUGUCUAAUUGAUGGGUAUUUUAAAUCUCAGAACCUUGAGAAUGCCUUUGAACUUUAUGAGGAGAUGCUAAAUAGGAAGAUUUCUCCAAAUAUAGUUUGUUAUAGCAUUCUUAUUGACGGUCUUUGUAAAAGGGGACUCAUGACGGAAGCAUCGCUUGCAUUUCAUUGUGCUAAAGACAGGCGUUUAGUGCCUGAUGUAAUAGCAUAUGCGAUUUUGAUUCUUGGCUAUUGCAAAGUUGGAAAUGUAGUGGAAGGCCAGAUGUGGUUUGAGCAUGUUAAGAGACGGGAUAGUGCCGGAUGAUGUCAUGAAAACAACAAUUAUGGAGCCUUAUCUUAAGCAUGAUUAGUUCUGAAUUUUUCGCUACAAAUACAGCUAUAGAUCUAGAACAUGCAUUUUCUGGCUGGUGAGCGUUUUGGUGAAAUUGUUGGAAGCUCAUAUUGCAUGGUUCCAGAGAUACUAGCAGGGUGAUGGACCAGAUAUUGAUGCAUCUAGUGCAGGCACUGUGUUUUUGGGCUGGCAGAACUGGAUAAGGAAUUGCAAGGCCGGUGAUGGGGCAGCACAAAUAUUAAGUGGGAUCCUUGGCCAAAGCAUUGUGGAGAGGAUGGGCAUUAUCCUUAUGCCUUCUAACCAUCCAAAAAUCAUUGGUUUGGAAUUGCUCUCUAAAACCUUGUAUUGCUUGAGAUGAUGUUUCUCUCAACUAUCAUGCCUCCACGUUGAAACCCUAAUUAAUGCAUCUGACCAUAUGACAAGAAAAUGGAGGCAGAUGGUUAGGCAAUAACUAACUCAAGCACGUUCCUCUACUGGUAGAUGGUGUCUAGAAGCACUUUGACUGUAUCGCUAAUGGGGGAGCAAGACCAAAAAUUAAGUAGACUUGACAAUUGAGACUGAGGGUUGAAGCCUCUUCGCCGAAGUAAAUUAGGUGGCUCUGUCAUGGGCUGCUUCAUUGAAAGAAAAUGGUCCUGGUCGGUUAUCGAACAGCCUAUUUAUUUUUUUCGCCUACUUUGUAAAAUUGUUCGUUAAACGGUCUUCAGUUCUAUUGUAUACGGAUAAUUUUCUAUCAAGGGACAUGGCAAAAUCCGUUCUUUUA